GAGAGGCUCAAGUACUCAUGUGGGUGGAAACUCAUCCGCUUCCGGGUGUUUUUCUUAUUUCCACGGAGGCGAUCGGCUUUUCCGAUUAUGGUCUUUCACCUCAAAGUUAUCGACUUUGAGCAUUGAGACAUCAGCGAGCCUCGCAUCCUCCUCUCCUCCGGUCCAGAUCACCAUGACGACCCGCUCGGAGCGGGAGAAGAGCCUGAAGCUCAACGAGCAGCACCAGGUCAUCCUGGCCGCCCUGCUGCGGGAGGACGACAACAAGUACUGCGCCGACUGCGAGGCCAAAGGUCCCCGGUGGGCCUCCUGGAACCUCGGAGUGUUCAUCUGUAUCCGGUGCGCUGGGAUCCACAGGAACCUGGGAGUCCACAUAUCACGGGUGAAGUCGGUCAACCUGGACCAGUGGACCUCAGAGCAGAUCCAGAGUAUACAGGAUAUGGGAAACACCCGGGCGAGAAAACGCUACGAGGCCAAUCUUCCAGAGAGCUUCAGAAGGCCUCAGACAGACCAAGCUGUGGAAUUCUUCAUCAGGGACAAAUAUGAGAAGAAGAAAUACUUCAGCAAGAACGUGACCAACGGAGGCAGUCCAAAGGAGAAGGAAAUGAAGAGGGAGAAGGAGGCAGAACGAGGGAGCAAGUCGUCCUCCUCCUCUAAGAGAGAAGAUUGUCGACCCGUCCCCAAAAUCAGCCCUCUGAAGAGUUCAGAGAACAGCGUUAACCUGCUGGGCCUCGAUGUUCCCCCGGCCGCGUCGACCAACAGCUCCACGAGCCAGAACAACAACGACCUGGACAUCUUCGGCCCCAUGGUCUCCAACCCGCUGCCGGUGGCCAGCCCAGCGGUGCACUUCACUCAGGCUGGUUCCUUGGACCCCGCGAGCACCCCGACCCAGGCCGGGGCCGGGGCGGCGCUGGCGGGCCUGACCACCUCGGGGUCCUGCCAGGCAGAGCUCGACCUCUUCGGCGACGGCGGCGGCGCCAAGGGGGACGACCCGGCCAAGAAGACCCUGAGCAAGGACUCCAUCCUGUCGCUGUACGGGAACAGCAGCCAGCAGAGCCCCAACGCCGGUAUGUACAUGGGCCCGUCCCAGAUGCAGUUCCCGGGCCAGGCGCCGGCGGGAUACCAGGGGUACCCGGGCAUGGGGGGCGCCCCCCCCUCCACGGUGAUGGGCGCCAUGAUGGGCCAGGGCGGGGCCGCCAUGAUGGCGCCCAACUCGGGCAUGAUGGUGGGGAUGACCAUGCCCAACGGCUUCAUGGGGAACCCUCACGCCGGGCUGAUGGGCGUGGCCCCCGGCAUGAUGGGGGGUCCCGGGGGCGGGGCCAUGCCCUCGGGGAUGAUGGCGGCGCCGGGCAUGUACGCCAUCAACCCCGCGCAGCAGGGCCAGUGGAGCAUCGGGCAGAUGAACCAGCAGAUGUCGGGGAUGGCGCUGAACGGGCCGGGGGGGGCCAUGGCCUUCGGGCAGCCGGCCUCGGGGAUGGGCGGCUGGGCGGCGUCCGGCCAGACCAUGAGCACCCAGCUCUGGAAGUGAGCAGGAGCGAGGAGCUGGCGCCGGGCGAGGAGCGAGGAGACGCGCAGCGACCAUCCCACGAGCCUCCCAACUGACGCCCGCUCCCAGCACCCCAACCAACCGAAUGUGGAAACGUUCUCUUUCUCUCCCUUUCUCUCUCUCUCUCUUUCUCUCCCUUUCUCUCUCUCUCUCUUUCUCUCUCUUUCUCUCUCUCUCUCUCUCUCUGUCUCUCUCUCUCUCUCUCUCUUUCUCUUUCUCUUUCUCUUUCUCUUUCUCUUUCUCUUUCUCCUUCUCUUUCUCUCGCUCUCUCUCUCUGUGUCUCCCUCUCUCUGUGUGUUUGAGUGAGUGCAGUGGACGUCGUCACCGCAGCGCAGGCUCGCAGUGUCCGCCUGUCGUAUGUUAUUUUAUUUUUUGAUUAUGAUUAUUUUUUUAUUUGAAUGGAAAUCGCAUAAGGAAUCAGAAGUCUGGACGCGACGGCCGUCCACAUAUCACCGAGGCUACACCGGGUCACCAUGCUUUUAUUGUUCACUGUUUCAUUCUCAGAGUAUAGAAGAUGAAUAGUAUUUAACGGGAGAAGGCGUGGCUCCCCCUGUACAGCACUGUCUACCCCUCUUUUAAACUACCUGUGGUCCCCCUAUAAGGAAUAAAGUACGAUACCCCCCCACUCUGCGUCGUGCGUCGUCGUGGUUACCUAGCGAUGUCCGCACGUCGCUUCACUCUGUCUGCGUUGGUUGAUUUAGUCCGCAUGAACCCAACUGGCUCCUGCGGAAGAGGAUUGGGGAGUUAUUGGUGAGUUUCGACUUUAAACUCAGAAUUAUGACUUAAAAAAUAUGAGAUGUGGUCCUAAUCCUCUUCCUUAGCGUCUUUCGACUGGGACAGGUUAAUGUUUUAUACUGAUGUAUUACUGGUCGAUGGGUUUGGUCUUGGCAUAAAUGGGGUGUUGUGAUUGGCUGGUGUGGUUAGGGGGUCUUACAUUCACAUUACAUUUACAUUCAGGGCGUUCAGCAGUCGCUCUUAUCCAGAGCGACUUACAAUAAGUCCAUUUGUCAGAAGACAGAAACACCAAUAUAUCUGACGGUACAGUAAGGAUGUUCAUAGUGCCAAGCACUAACCAUCACUAGGUUAACCCAUUCCCCAUGCUGCAACGCCAAAUAUUAUUACUCUAAUUAAUAGUACAGUAUAAUUAAAAGUACAGUACACUAUUGAGUACUGUUUGUGUUGGUAAUUCAAACUAAUUUGUGCUACUGAUUGUUGUUUAUUAACUUAACAUUAUAAAUAUGGAUUCUAGUGGUUUAUACUAAGAUACAAUUACAUACAAAUAAUUGAAUGCAGCUGUUGAUUCUAUUGGAUUACUUGCAGGAUUUUACUUAUUUCAAAGAUUAAUGUAAUUGUACUUUUUGUCACAUUUUAACCUGAACAAGUUGUCUUUUUCGAAGUGACCCAUUUCUUUGUGUGUGUCAUAAUAAUAUGGCCACCGGGUGGCGGUGUUGACCCGUAAGGACUGAAAAUAAGAGCCCCAUAAUAUUAUCGCCAGAUUUACUUGCAGUGCUUGCAGUUAAUACAGGUUACAGUGACGUAGUUGUAGUGUACAAUAUUUAUAAAUUUGUACUUUGCCUAUUUCAAUUAAUUGAUGUGCCCACUGGUUAAGCAUUUCAAUGUUAUUUGGCAGUAAAGAUAAGCAUGAAGUGGAUUAAACCCAACAGCUUCCACUAUCUUCUCUGGUUCUCCCGUCCCGAGUGUUGGUUCUAGCUUGAGUCCACAAGAAACAUCCCUCAUAAUUCACACAGUAUUAUGCCAAAGGCCUGAAGCGCCUGUGUGUCUGUGUGUUUGUGUGUGUGUUCCUUAAAGCAGGCCAAUCAGCAACACUCUUCAUUAUCACGUACGACCGCAAAUGC